AUGAGAAAUCCUCACCCUCAGCUCUCUCAUGACGGCGUUAAUGCAGGGCGACCAUCUGUGGUGACCCGAUUGCAGGCGUUGCUCCCAUCGUCCCCGAUCGAGCUUGUGAAGAAGCCUACUCUUCCAAGGACAGACGCGCAGGCAAGCUCACCCAAGUCGCUCUCGGGCCCAGCACCUAGACAGUUUAUCAAAGUCAGGAUCAUGAGUUGGAAUAUGCAUGACUCUGUUCCAAAGGGAGAUUUGACCGAGCUGCUGGGCUCUUUACCCUCGCACAUUACUAUUCCUGUUAGCCCGGACAAGGACGCUGGACCUCCAACGCUGCCCUUGGACGACGAGCAUCCAUAUCACAUCGUUGUUGUUGCGGGACAGGAAUGUCCUAGUGCAUCAGGCAUACCCAUGGCACUGGGAGCGGGAUUCAAACUGAAAGACAAGGACAAGGGACGUCCUGAAAGCGUUCAUGGGCGUAAACAAGAUGAGCUGAACAGGAAGGAUUCCAAAUAUCACGGGUCUCCUGCGAAAUCCGUCGGCCAUCUGAGCGGGAGUCCUCAAGGUUAUCAAUUGCUGCGUUCCCACUCGCAGGAGGCGCUGGCAGGUGCCCCCGAGAUUGAACAAGGUCACCAAGCACACAGGCAUGAGCGACUUUUGCAUCAUCACAGCAUUCGCGACCACACACCAGGGUGGUCGUCUAUGUUGGAGCAGUGGUACAGCAACCCACCCACCACUCAUCGCAGCACAACCUCGCUCCCGCAUAUACCAUAUACGACGCAUUCAGAGCCAGAGCUGCCCUCCAUGCCUGCCGAUACCAAGUCUGUAGAGGCGGAAUCACCUACAGCUAAAGUGGCGCCGUACGAAUUACUUCUCAAAGAGCGCAUGAUGGGUCUGUAUCUUGCAGUAUUCAUCAAUAUUAACUGCCGAGAUCUCGUACAAGGUGCCAUUGCAUACCGUCUCGUGUUACUCAGGAGCUUACUUCUACCGUCCAUUUCGUACAAAGGCACCUCUAGAUCUGCCGUGACAGCGGGCCUCAUAGGGGGGAGAGUGGGUAAUAAAGGGGGCAUAGGCAUUAGCAUCAAGAUCUACGACACAUCAUUUCUUUUCAUAAAUGCGCAUCUCGCUGCUCACGAGGGCCGCGUACAACAUCGUCUCGCUGACCUCGCCAAAAUCAAGUCCGAGCUCUGCGUAGAUGAUUUCUUGUCAUCCUCGGACCCUCGAAAGAUGGCGGAAGAUCUUACCGAUAGGUUUGACCACACAUUCAUUUUUGGCGAUCUUAACUUCCGGCUUGACGUCAGUCGCCUGCAUGCGGACUGGCUGAUAUCCAGGAAAGAGUACGGACAGGCCCUCGCGUUUGAUCAGCUCCGUAAAGUCAUGGAAUCUGGCGAGGCCUUCGUGGAGUUCAAUGAGGCGCCAAUUACCUUCCCACCAACAUUCAAGUAUGACGUCUUGCGUACCAUCAAGGGUUCGAAGUCGCGGAAAUCUGCUCGAGAAUCGCUGCCGUCGCCAGCAAAGCACGAUAAAGUCCUAACUGGUAUUCAAGAGAGCGGCCCUGAGUACGGUCAGGCUGAGACCCGGGGACCCCAGGCUGAGGGGGGAGACGCAGAUGCGGAAUCUGUCGCAUCGUCAACGUGGACGUCCGUUCGCUCCAGAUACACCAUCGAUGCGGACACUACCGAGGAACAACAUACGAAGCACCUUCUGUCCACCGCGGUGGCAAAGGUCCGCACCGGCAAUAUAGCGCAGCGACUAUGGGUAGCCGUCACUUCCCACAAGGUGAAAACGAAGUGGGUCCAACGACUAUCUGGACCCGACAAACAGAGGCCUGCACGUCGACUCUCCAAGCGGAGACGGGCGCCGCAUGGUAACUCGCGUCCGUUGUCUAGUCUAGAGGUCAGCGUUGCAGCAGUCAGCGAAGCGCUGGAGACCGACAUUAUCACCGCCCCCAAGAAUCAAACUGAUAUGCACUCGUUCGAUGGGGCCACCUCGUUCUCUCGCAGUCGCACGGAUCUGAACGAGUCAGAGAUGAACCCGGAGGACAGGGGCAUAUACGAUUCAUCUCACAAGCAGCGUGUCCCUAGCUGGUGCGAUAGGAUAUUGUGGAGGUCGACAGUCGAUCCGGAGUUGGACGAGCUCGUAAAACCUGAGCCAUACCGGACGCGAGUCAGCAGCCUUCUGCAUGCUCUGCGUCCUACACGCACACGUAAGGACUCCGCUUACUCGGGUAUGCAGCCAGGCUCGCCUAGAACCCCGACACUUAUGGUGAAUACGCAUUUGAAUACGCAAGACAGUGUGGAAAUCCCCACCAGUGCGGCCAUUCAGCUGUCGAGACCGAGAUCUAUGGACUGCCUUCCUGGUCCCGCAUCUCCGUUGCCAUCGGGUAGCGGAAUGCAGGCUAAGAGAGCAUGGCGCCGUGCGUCGCUGGAGCAGCCUGAGUUGAUUUCCGCGCGCCUUGCCCAAGCUCAGACGAAGCCCACUUCCGUGCCUCUUCUGCAUUCUCAGACGAUGCCACCGGUGUUGUCGAGUCCACGACCAUCGUCCGGGCACCCCAACCGGACGCCAGAGCUCUCCGACAUGCAAAGCACCCCUCCUCCUGCUUCCCGGUGGUUCGGGUUCCUCCCCUUCAUCAACCGCGACCCGACUUCACACAGUAGAGGGCCAACCGGUUCGCCCACUCCAGAUCUAGCCCGCUCUAGCCCGCCUCCCCGCCGGGGUGACGUCGUGUGUCUGAGCUACCGCUCUCUCGACGACUACGGCAUGCGCCGCCUGGAGGGCCGGAGUGACCACCGGCCAGUCAUUGGAUCGUACGCUAUCUACGUCUAA